AUGUUCCGGCGGUUUAUUCCAUGUAUGAGGAGCGGUGCAGCGGGCCCGCUUCGUGCCGUGGUGACCACUGCUCGUAGGUUUCAGGGCACGAAAUCUGGAGGUGGCAGCGGUCGGGAGGAGGCAUCAACGGAGGGCGUUGCUCCUGAAGUCAGCCCCAGUUCUGAUAAGAGUUCGUCAAUUACGAACGUAAAUAUGGGUGUGGAGAGGAGAGAGGGGUUCCUCGAACCAUCGGAUGACGUGGUGCUGGAGUAUGCUCGGCACGCCUUGGCAAGGGAUGGAAGGGACAAGGAGCCUGAGGCUCUUAUUUGGCGGUGGGAUACAACGUACCCUCCCAUUCUUUCGAGAGGGAAGCAAAACUUCUACGACUACACAGAUGAUAUUCCCACCCAUGUGAAACCCUUUUGGCAUCACGAGUACUACCAGCAACGCGAGUACUUCCGCCUGCAGCGUGCGAAACUUCCCCUGAAGGAACGUGUGAAAACUUGGAGCGCCGUUGUGUUCUGCAUCUCACUAGUGGGUGGGGUGCUGACCUUCUUUCGAAUAUGGGUGGAGCAACCGAAGGAAGUGCGACAGCUCAGGGAGGAGCUCCUUCAGCAAACGUACGGCAGGGUGCUUGAACUCGCUGCCGGUCACGGACAGAACAUUGGGGCGUACCCAUACGCUGUCCAUGAGAUUGUUAUGUGUGAUGCAAACGCCCAGCAGCUUCAGGCCAUUCGGUAUCGCAUACCACAGACGGCAUAUCCCAAGUAUGACGUGCGCCGUGUGCGCUCAGAGAACCUUGAGAUGUUUGCUGAUGGUGAGUUUGACUGCGUAGUUGACAUGUUUGGACUGUGUUCGCUUCAUGAUCCUCUCAAGGCUCUACGGCAGAUGCAGCGCGUCGUUAAAUCAAGUGGUCUUAUUCUUCUACUUGAGCACGGCAAAAGCCCGUAUUUACCAAUCAACUGGUUUCUCGACUAUUUUGAGGAGCGACACAGCGUAAACACACACGGCUGUAAGUGGAAUUCACCUAUUAGGGAGUACUUGAAGGAGUCACGUCUGGAAAUAAAGGAACUUAGGAAUAUGCACUAUGGAACGACGUAUUACGUCGUAGCGUACCCGGAGGUACUUGAGGCGCUUAGUGCUCGUGGUGGGUCACCAGACGUCCAAAAACCCAGGGAAUAG